AUGAAGUUAAAGAUUCAAGAAAAGGUGGAAAUGGCUGGAUCUACAGGUGGCAGCAAUGAUGGUGAAUCAAUGGAGAUUAGCAAAAGAGAGACGGUGAUUGAUAAGAAAAUCUAUGUAGCAGUGACAAAGAGAGAGCUUGAGAGCAAGUCUAGUCUCGUUUGGGCGAUACAGAACACUGGAGGCAGAGAGUUUUGCAUCGUCUAUGUUCAUCAAUCUAUCCAAAUUUCAAUCCCUGGAGCAAGGUUCCACGAGCAGAAACUGAGGCGUUAUAGAAAAAAGAAGAAGAGAGCACUUGAUAAUUUGGACAAGUACCUCCAUAUAUGUAGGCAAAUGCAGGUCAGUGCAGAGAAGAUAUAUAUUGAAAUGGAUUCAAUAGAGGAAGGAAUCCUCCAAUUGAUUUCCCAGCACGGAAUUAAGAAACUUGUCAUGGGAGCAGCAGCUGAUAGACACUAUUCAAUGAAAAUGAGAGACUUGCAGUCCAAGAAAUCUAUUUACAUUUGCAGACAAGCACCAGAUACUUGCCAUAUAUGGUUUCCGUGCAACGGAUACUUAAUUUUUACAAGAGAAGCUAGAAGAAGAGAUAACUUGUAUAUAGAAGGUACACCGUCAAGUUCUUUGAGCCAAUCCAAGAUAACUAAAGGAACUGAAACUGUUCCAAGUUCGAGUAUGGCUCAAGAUGAUGCUCGGAUCCAAGUAGCACUCAUAGAAGCUGAGAAUGCAAAAAGGGCAACACGCAAUGAGAUGUGUAAGCGUAAAGAAGCUGAAAAAUGGGCUAAAGAAUCUGAAAAUGGGUAUCUCAAUGAGUUGAAGCGUAGGAAAGAAACAGAGAAGGCACUGAAAGAAGCUAAAGAACAACUUGAAAAGAUGAGAUCAGAGUCCGAGACACGAAUUGCCGAAUCUAAUAUGGUGAUCAGAGAGCUCCAAUGCAAUUAUAGAUUAUUAAUGGAAGAGUUGAGAAGACGUAGAGAUGAAAAUGAAGAGUUGAAGAUAGAGCUUAGCAAAGUAUCAAAGCUGAAGAGUAAGCGUGAGGGAGAGGAAGUGUCUCCCUCUAAGGACACUGAACUGCCUCAGUACUUCAUAUGUCCCAUAACACAGGAUGUGAUGGAGGAUCCACAGGUAGCAGCAGACGGUUUUACAUAUGAAAGAGAGGCUAUAUGUUGUUGGUUAGAUAGUGGACACGAGACUUCUCCAAUGACAAACAAAAGGCUACCUCACACAUGCUUGGUUCCAAAUCUUGCUCUUCGGUCUGCAAUCCAAGAAUGGCUUCAAGAUUCAAGCUCCUGGAUCAUUGAACCAGAUCCCCUCCUUUGUAAAAAGAUUAAUCAAAAGCAGCUUGAAGUCCUUAGUGGCUAA